AACAACUGCCUGGCUGGCAGGUGCCUUGCUCCGCUGGCUGGCGGCAGCAGCGCUAUGUUGGCAGAGUUGUGGUGGCCAAAGCCACGGCCAGUCCCUUGGGGCCUCUUGCGACUCUAGCGGCUGUCAGACUGCCUUCCGUAUUUCGUGGCGGGAGCUCUCUGGGCCUCGCGACUUCAGGCACAGCGUAGGACCGGAGGACCCCCCACUUAUCCCCUAGCCCCUUGCUUCUAGCCAUGUCCGCAGUGGAGGCCACGGUAACGGCCGAGGCCCAGGAACCCGGCAGCAGAAAUAAGUCCAUCACUCCUCGCCAAGUUUCGGUGACUGAGGACGAGGAGAAGCAGGGUGCUUUCAAGCCUAUGGACCUUAAUCGUGUUAUGAAACUCUUGGAAGAUAAUGAUAAAGAUGAUUUAGAAGAAAAACAACUUAAAUCUGUCAAGAAACUGGUGCAGUAUUAUCAGAAUGGACUUCCCUUAAGGGAUUUAGCACAGAUAUUUAAAAUUCUGAAUUUGUGUGCAGGAAAAAUUGAAAACCAACCCCAAUUUAUAGAACCUGCAUGUGACAUAUUAAAAUUAUGUGGCUUGCCAUUUUUGAAAAAGAAAGUAUCGGAUGAAAUAACUUAUGCGGAAGAUACUGCAAUAUCAAUUGCUCUUCUGGGUGACUUAAUGAAAAUACCAAGUUCUGAACUGAGGAUACAAAUUUGUAAGUGUAUCGUUGACUUUUAUCAUGCAGAACCAAAGAAGCAUAUUCCAGGUUACCAGCAAGCCAGUUCAUCAUACAAGAUUAAAAUGGCUGAAGUUGGAGGAUUGGCAAAAACAAUGGUUCAGUCAAUGACCUUGCUUGAAAAUCAACUUGUUGAGAAACUUUGGGUCCUUAAAGUUCUGCAGCAUCUUUCAACUUCUGAAGUUAAUUGUACUUUAAUGAUGAAAGCACAGGCAGCCAGUGGAAUUUGUGUUCACCUCAAUGACCCAGAUCCCUCUGGACAGCUUCUAUUUCGUUCUUCAGAAAUACUUUGGAACUUACUGGAAAAGUCUUCAAAAGAGGAAAUCAUACAACAGCUUAGUAAUUUGGAAUGUUUGCUGACUUUGAAAGAAGUAUUUAAAAAUCUGUUUACAAGAGGUUUUAGUCAUUAUGAUCGUCAGCUUAGAAAUGAUAUAUUAGUGAUCACUACAAUUAUAGCUCAAAACCCUGGAGCACCAAUGAUUGAAUGUGGCUUUACCAGGGACUUGAUACUAUUUGCAACCUUUAAUGAAGUUAAAAGUCAAAAUCCUUUGGUAAAAGGCCUUAAGCUUUCUAAUUCCUGUGAAGAUUUUGAAUUGAAGAAAUUGCUAUUCAACAUAAUUGUGAUCUUAUGUAAAGAUUUACCUACUGUACAGCUAUUAAUUGAUGGCAAAGUUGUUUUGGCUUUGUUCACCUAUAUUAAAAAGCCUGAGAAACACAAGAUAAUUGAAUGGUCUGCAGCACAGCAUGAAGAGUUACAACUGCAUGCAAUUGCCACUUUGUCAUCAGUGGCUCCUUUAUUAAUAGAAGAAUACAUGUCAUGCCAGGGAAAUGCUCGAGUACUGGCAUUUCUAGAAUGGUGUGACAGUGAAGAUCCCUUUAUUAGUCAAGGUAACAGUUUUCAUGGUGCAGGUGGCCGUGGCAACAAGUUUGCCCAGAUGCGUUACAGUUUAAGACUCCUGAGAGCCAUGGUCUACCUUGAAGAUGAGACUGUGAAUACAGAUCUUUGUGAAAAGGGAACAAUUCAACAACUAAUAGGAAUCUUUAAAAAUAUUAUAAGUAAGACUAAUGAAAAGGAAGAGGCCAUUAUUUUAGAAAUUCAGUCUGAUAUAUUACUUAUCUUAUCUGGACUUUGUGAACACCAUAUUCAAAGGAAAGAAAUUUUUGGAACUGAAGGAGUAGAUAUAGUUCUUCAUGUAAUGAAAACAGACCCCAAGAAGAUACAGAGUGGAUUAGGCUAUAAUGUGCUUCUUUUUAGUACAUUGGACAGCAUUUGGUGCUGCAUUUUGGGAUGUUAUUCUUCAGAAGAUUACUUUCUUGAAAAGGAAGGUAUUUUUCUCCUUUUGGAUGUAUUGGCAUUAAACCAAAAAAAAUUUUGUAACCUAAUACUUGGAAUAAUGGUUGAAUUUUGUGAUAAUCCCAAAACUUCGGCUCAUGUCAAUGCUUGGCGAGGGAAGAAGGAUCAGACAGCUGCUAGUCUUUUAAUUAAAUUGUGGAGAAAGGAAGAAAAAGAACUAGGAGUAAAACGAGAUAAAAAUGGGAAGAUCAUUGAUACAAAGAAACCUCUAUUUACUAGUUUUCAAGAAGAGCAAAAAAUCAUGCCACUGCCCGCCAACUGCCCAUCAGUUGCAGUUAUGGAUAUUGCAGAGAAUAUCAGAGCAAAAAUUUAUGCUGUGUUGGGCAAACUAGAUUUUGAAAAUUUACCUGGCCUUUCUGCUGAAGAUUUUGUCACUCUCUGUAUCAUACAUAGAUACCUUGAUUUCAAAAUUGGGGAAAUAUGGAAUGAAAUAUAUGAAGAAAUAAAAUUAGAAAAGUUAAGACCUGUCACUGCAGAUAAAAAAAUUUUGGAAGGUAUUACAACAGCAUCAGAAAAUAUUGGAAAGAUGGUUGUUUCUCUGCAAAAUGAGAUGAUUGAAAGUCAAGCACGCCAAGAUGCACAAAGUGAACAAAAAGUAUAUGCAAAAAUACAAGCUACACACAAGCAAAGAGACCUAGCUAAUAAAUCAUGGGAAAAUUUCCUGGCUAGAACAUCAAAUGCUAAAACACUAAAGAAAGCAAAAAGGCUUCAGGAAAAGGCCAUAGAAUCCUCUAAAUACAAAGGGCAACCACAAAACACAAUACUUCAUCGGACAGUUAUUAAAGGCCUUAACACAACGGUUAGCUUCCCGACCAGCACCCUCCGCCCUGUGUCGCCUCUCUGGGACGCAAAAAAGAGAACCUCUCGUCGGUGUCCAGUCGCGAGCUGCUCCUCACUGGGAAGACGCGGGUCCUCGGACUCUGGAGGAACGAGGUCUCAGGACCCACCCCCGGAGCCAGGCGAAAGGCGGGAGACCUAGCUCGGAGACCUGCCUGGAGUGCUCGCCCGGCGCCCAGUGGCUCUGGGGAACCCUCUCAGCGGCGCGGCGCUUGGGCGCUGGGAGCCUCUGGCUAGCGGAAAGCUGCGCUGUGGGUCCACUCCAGCCGCGUGGAGCUCCGGAGUCCGAUCGCAGCCCGAACCGCCCUUCUUUUCUAGGGACCGUGCGAGGGGGCACCAGUGGGUGGCCACGCUCCCGAGGCCCCGCCCUCACCUUGCCACCACCAGACCCUGGACCUGCGGGCUCGCCACGUGCAGCACCCUUCCCUUUCCCGCCGCUCCUGCUACACUUAAAGCCCCAGGGUCUUUCUUCCUGUCUCCUGUUUUCUUUCUCUUUGCUGAGAAUAUCCAUCUUGGCAGUAGUCAGUCAACACUCCCAAGCUAUCUUCUCUCUCUGCACCCAGCCACCACCCCUAUUCUAUCCAAAGAAAAACUCUGCAAAGUGUGGGGACCUGUUAACAGUCUUAAUCGUCCAGGAAGAGUUCUCACCUCCAACUAAGCACUAACACUAAAACGCGCACAAACAUACCCUCCCUACCACCUAAAUAUACCUUUAACUCUGGGAAGAGUUUUCUCUAGCCUUCAAUAGAAGCAAGGAAGGCGUCCACAAGUCCCUGUUAUACUUGUAUAUUGCCCAUGGGUUCCAGUCUUGGCAUAUCCUUUGGACUGUGUUUAAGUCUACCUUCUGUGCCCAAACCCCAGAAGCAAUGAUCCAAAACAAGUUGCUUUAGUCCCUCCUCCCCUUAAGUGUGCCCUCUUCCUCACAAGAUCUUGAGUUAGGAUGGUGAGAAUGUGGGGUGAGAUGUAUGCCAAAUCCAAAACCCCUAAGCCCCAUUCAUUGCUAGGACUAACCACUAUCAGAGCUCUAUCCUGUUCUCAUCAUUAUAAUGAAAUUAAUGUGACUAAUCAUUGGUUCUUCCCAACAAUACCCUUAGGUGCCCCUUCUACAACCAAGACCAGCUCUUACACAAAACAACCGAGAAAAGAAGAUUCAUUUAUCUCAAAUUGGGUAGGAUGAAUACAAAUCCAUCUCACACCAGACUUUUUCCUCUACUCUAGGGUUGUAAUCAUCUCAGUCCACCAUCAAUUAUUGACUCUGAAAAUUAGAGAAAUUAAAAGUGACCCAAUUUAAUAUCCCAUCUGAAACUUCCCAUCCUCCCAAGGAAUUCCCCCAUCCACCAACACUGUUCAAUUUAACUCGACCUUGAACACACACACCCUUUAAGCAAGAAACUCUUCCCAUCUUUGAAUUGACAUUCAACAGAUCCUUCUAAAAUGAAUCAGUACUCAUUUCUCCUUUGAAUAGCCACAUAGUUACCAUAGAGUCUUUUGUGUAAAAUACAUUAUUUUUUAUGAAACAUUGUAUCUUCAUAUAAGUAUUACAAAGUAUAAAAAAAUUGAAAAAUAAAGAAAAAUAGGAAGCCG